AUGGCAGAGCCCGGCCACGGCGAGGAGUCAGACGACGAUAUUGAGUCUCAGGCGGUUCCCAGUGGCACACAGGGAGUGGGCGAUGCCGCCGUUGCAGAUUGGAUGAAGGUAGACGAGGAGGAUGUCGGCAAUGAGGCGGGGCUUGGCCCGGCCAGUUCAGUUGGGAAGAAGCCGCACCUUGAGGGGUCCAAGGGGGCUGCGACUGCGAAGGUCCAGGUCAGGCUCUGCAAGAUCUGUCACGACAGCAGUCGAGAUGUCGAGUGGUUCGAGGCGUGCAUCUUGUGGCAGGACCCCGCGACUGGAGACGUGGUCACCACUCCAGUUGGAUGGGUAUGCAGGGUGUGUGGGGAGGUGUGCGAGGCUUUCAUCGAGCAUGGCAACGUCGAGACCAUCAUCGAGAAGUUCAACAACGACCCCGACUUCAAGGCGCAGUUCAGCGGCGGGCGCAUGGUUCGCAUGAAGACACAGCAGCCUACGUGGUGUCCCCAGUCGGUCGUCCUUCGGCACGUUCGCGAUUUCGCCUUGCACCAGGACGUCGCCUUCAUCGAGGACACCGUCUUCCGCGCGCAUUUCAAGGCCCCCUUGGAUUCGCCCCAGGUGCUGCCCUACAACGCCGAGCUCGUCGACUGGGAGGGCACGAGGCUCAAGGGUGUCUUCAUGACCUUGGAGAGCGCCAGAGCGAGAGAGCUGCCCUACAAGAUUGUUACCAUGAGGUCGAUGACACAGUGCCUGCUGGACACGCAGCUCCUGAGGAGCGAGGAGACUUUGCACCCGGACCACGCCCGCCAGAUGUGGAAUUUUGAAGACAGGACACAGCGCGACGGCAGGCCAAAGAUGAUCAUGGGAAAGAACUUGAGCAAGAUCGAGUCUUACGAUCACUACGCGACCUUGGCUAAGGACUACAACGCUGCACAGGCGGCGGCGGGCGAUCGAGCUCUUCACGGCGACGCUGGGGGGAUCGGCGGAGGCGGUGGAGGCGGCGGCGGCGGGGGCGUUGGAGGCGGCGGGCUUCCUGGCGGCAGCUUCGUCUCCCGGAGCAGGUUCGGGGCAUCCAGCGCUGCGUCCGCGAUGGCGCCGCCGCCGCCCACGCCAGUUGCUCCGAGGGCGAAGGCCAAGGCCGGGGCUGGCAGCGGCGCAGCGGCGGCAGCCAGGUCGGCAGCCGCCUCAGGAGCUGGUCGCAGCGCCAAGCGAGCUUCGUCGGCCGUGGCCGAUGUGUCCAAGCGGUCGAGGGCAGGCGGUCGCUUGGCAGCGCCUCGCGGCUCGGGCAGGUUCGAGUCCGAAGCCAAGUUGGAAGCUUCAGGAGCGGCGUCGGAUGCAUCUGGGGGGGCUGCGAGCGCGGCGACUUGCGUGGUCACGCCGAGGGCCGCCACCGUGCGCUCCAGCCCGCCCACCAAGAGCAUCGACGAAGGCAUCGGCGUGUCGAUCGAGCAGAUCCUCGUCCAUGACUUCCAGCCUGGGCGGCAGAUCGCAGGGGCGAGGGAUCGCAUCAGGAAGUUGACUGCGCUUGGGCAGACGACCGAGGCAGAGAAUUUGAAGUCUGAGAUCGAGUUGGCGAAUGCUGCCCGGAAUUGCCAAUACGAAACCUUGAAGACUGCUUCGCUCAUUGAUAUCCUUCCAGACAUGGAGGCCCUGCAUGAAGAGGGCCACGUCUUACCCGCCAAAUCCGCAAUGAUUUACAUGAAAAUGUACGGGCAGAGCUUACUGAACGAUGGGAAGUACCUUGAAUGGGUCAAGUGCGUGUGGCCUAGAAGCGUCGCCCAGCAGGAGGAGAACGGCUCUUGGAGUAUCCCGCCGCCGCUUCCCGCGUCGGACUGGUCGUACAUCGUGCCUCGCUGGUCAGUAUUGGUCAGCAGCCUCAGCCAACAGGAGGGUUCGAUGGAGUUCUGGUGGGGGACCCUGUUUAACGAUGGUUUCUUAUCUCUCCUGGGCGAGCUCGAGGACCCGAGCAGGAAGGAAAUCACAUCCGAACAAGUUGGCGGCAUGUUCAGUUUGGCCAACGCUUUCGUGGACUUCUACCACACAGAGAACUCGCGCGUGCAGCUCUCCACAGACUUCCAGGACCUGUUGGUUCCUAUGCUGCGCGUUCUCAGGGGCAUCGUUGCAGUAUCUUGUUCGUUUCCCUGCGUGGCUGGUUCCACGGCUGAGGACGUCGAUUUCGUGUCUCCCACCCGGAAGGCUAAGGCCAAGAUAGAGGCUGGAGUGAUUGAAUCUUUGGAUCAGGUCGCCGAUGCAUGCCGCACGGCGAAGGCGUUGCGCUUGCGUCUGCGUAACAAGAGUGGCGUGUGGGUCAGUCGCAUUGACGAGUUCCGGAGAGUUGUGGGGGCCGAGUCCACGACAGGCGUGGGCCUUGUCCAGUUGCACGCCAACGUGUCGACCAUGGCGCAUGACUUAGCUGGCAAGGACGUCGACGAGCAGAGGGACGCGAUCAUCGGCCUCCUUAAGGCUUGGAUGGAGGGGCACAAUCAGUGGCAGUCGCCUUCCUUCCGCUCCAACACGACCCCAUGCACAGAACGCUUGUUGGCUAAGAUCUUGGUGUUCGCAUGCCCCGAUGCAGCGUGGACCAAUUUGCCUUGCAGCGAUUCUAACAAGGAGUGGGUGGACAUCCUGACUGAGGCGGCAAAGACCUUGCAGAAGUCGGCCGAUGCGAAGACUGCCCUGAUGAGGAUCCAGGAGCAGUCCGACGCUUGGAUGCAGAGGUCUUCUGAGGUCAUGUUGCUGGAUACGCUCGGCCAUGAUAUUCAUACCUACACCGACUUUAAGAACCUCUACGACGCCCUGAAGCGCCAUACCAACAUGGCCAAGGGUUCAGGUGUGCCCGAUUUGAUUAUCACGGCGAUUUGGCGGUCUUUGGCUUGGGCGAUCCAAGAUGACACCCCGUGGGCCCAGGUCAGGGAUGUAGGCGACAUGGCCAAGAUGGUGCUGUCGACUGAUACGUCAAUGAGGGAGUUCUGGGAGAGCCAGCAGCGCACCAAGGAGGCGAUCACCGACUGCCAGAAGAUCUCGUUGGCGAACGCGGUCUGCUUAGACUACUCCAAGCAGCCGGGCGCGCUGGCCGACACGACGGGCAAGGGCACCGAGAUCGCGAGCGUCAUGCUGACUGCCUACAAGAAGCUGGUGGCGUUCAUGGAGAAGCCGCCCGAGUUCACCGACGUGCCUGUCGGCCAGGAGACCUUCGCGAAGCUCGCCA